AUGAAAGGCUAUUUUUCUAUCGAGUGGCUCUCUCAGAGCAGUCAGGAGACCAGUGACACAGGGCCCAGGGCCCCUGUAGACCUCCAGCUCUCUGCGGGGCCCCAGAAUGGGCCCUACGGCUCCAGCACCCAGCCGGAAAGCCUCCCCGGGUUCUACAGCAGCCAUGGGCGAGGAAGCACGCAGCUCCAGGAGGGGCCCCCACACAGACACAUCCACGGCUCCCCUUUUGCCACACACCAAGGGCCCAGCACAGAGAGUCUCCUCAGUCUGCACUCCAACACUCAAGUGGCAGAGACAGGCUUUAGCAGCAGCGUGGAGGAAGAAGAGACGUCGGGGUAUGAGAGCGAGGGGGAGCGCUCCCUCUCCCCCGCGGCUCCGCAAGACACCCUGACGACGUCCCCGGAUACGUCCCCCUCGACCGGACGACGGCCCCGCACUGCCUUCACCGCCGAGCAGAUCAGCCGGCUGGAGAAGGCCUUCAAACGCAACGCGUACCUGGGCACACACGACAAGGCCGAGCUGUGCAAGCAGCUCAGUCUGUCCGACAAGCAGAUCAGGAACUGGUUCCAGAACCGGCGCAUGAAGCUGAAAAGGACCCUCCAGGAUGCCCUGGCCCAGGCCUGCCAGGCAAACACCACCUCGCAGCUGAUGCAGUAUCCAGAGGCCCAGCCUUUUUGGCCUGGCUACUUCUCUGUGCACGAGAGCUCCGCCCCCUAUCUGAGCCCCGCCAGCUUGCGCUACACACCUCAGGCCGCGGUGGGCUCGAGUCCCGCCAUGUGCCUGGACUCGCUGUACCAGUGCGCCAGCAUGCCCGGCCUAGUCAUGCCUGCUGCCAGCACCCCACUCCUGUCGCAGUACCACCCUUACCGUCAUCCCUACUAG